AUGAUAUUCUUCGAUAAUUCCUGGGUUCCGUGGCGGAUGGGGAACGGUAAAGAGGAUACGGCGGAUUCUCCGCGAAUGUCUCCGAGACAUAACGUGCCCAGUGAACAUGCCGGCGGGAUGUCUUCUAGAGGUCAACGUGCUUCGGGAACUGAUGGGACUGACUUCCAACACAGACAGCGUAUUGCUGCCCAUUAUCAGGAAAGUGCUCAGUAUAAAUUCAUCCUGAAAUGGUUCUUCGCACCGCAUAUUCUCAUUCUUAUCUUCAUGUGGGCAAAGGUUGGUAGCGAAGUGUUGCGUCGAGAGUUCGGAUGGCGGAGCGCGUUUUUCGAGCGCCUCGACAUGCCCUCAGCGUAUCCGUGGGAGUAUGUCUGGUGUUUAUCGUUUAUUCCCAUUAUAUGCGCAAUGAUAUCGUUCUCUAAAAACAGGGUGAAGCUAAUCAACUAUCAUUAUUACGGUCAUUUUUUGUUUGGAAUACUUCCUUGUAUGAUUGGUCUAGGAGGUCAGCUGCCGGAACUUGUAGACUAUAUGUCCGAUCAAGAAAACAGUCAGACGCCUACCUUUAAGGGUAUUUUUCCUAUGGUCAUAAUCUGGUACAUAUUCUUCGCUGUUGCUCUUCAGAUCCACGGUUUUGCUAUGGCUAUGUGGGGCUGUACAUUUAACAAUCAGGACGAAGAGGCUAAGGAGACGGCUGUCAUAAAAACUCAUUUCAUGCAUGAGCCAGCGCCCAACAAGUUCACGUUUCUUCAGCCGCCUUUGGGAAUACAGGCGAAAGAUUUCGUGGCUGCACAUUUCGGAAAUGACGCAAAAAAUAUGCAGUUUCGUCGAGGAACAACGACACUGGCUUUCAUAUACGAGCCCGCAACCGCCAGUGACAAAGGAGGGAUUGUAGUCGCUGUCGAUUCACGUGCAUCUUCCGGGGAAUAUAUUUCCUCGAAAUCUGUCAUGAAAAUCCUGGAUAUUGGUGACCAUAUGGUAGCUACUAUGGCAGGCGGCGCAGCAGAUUGUCAAUUUUGGACGCGAACAGUGGCAAAGUACUGCAAUUUGUUCGAGUUACGAGAGAAGACUCAGAUUACUGUUGCUGCAGCUAGCAAGUACUUCGCCAAUGUGCUUUAUGGAUAUCGUGGAAUGGGAUUAUCUGUGGGUUCAAUGAUCGCCGGAUACGACAAGAGAGGCCCACAAAUUUUCAAGGUUGACAGUGAUGGCGACAGAUGUCAGCUUCAAGUUUGUAGUGUAGGAUCUGGAUCACUGAAUGCGUAUGGCAUUCUUGAUACCCACUAUAAAAGGAAAAUGACCGAUGAGGAGGCUUUGAAGUUAGGACGUCGCGCAAUUAUGCAUGCAACGUACAGGGAUUCCGGGUCUGGAGGUGUUUGCAAUAUGGUACACAUCACACCGAAAGAGAAGAUUCGUUUGCCUCCCAUCGACGUGAGCAAACUAUGGUACGAAUUCGCGGACGAGCUUGGACGUGAUAUUGCCUACGAUCCUCAUGAUGAAUAA